AUGCUCUCUCUCUCUCUCUGAGCAUCCCUUUGGUUAUCGACUCUUAUUAUUGUUUUUUUUUUUGUUAUAUCAUAAUCACCAAAAAUUCUGAAGUGACCCCUCAGGAGAAGAUGUGCAUAUUCAGCUCUCACAGCAGUAAACUCGCUGACAACAGUGUCCCGUGCAGGUGGAGGACACCUCCAGCUCUGUUUUUGGCUCACAGCUCCAGAAAGUUAACUGCCAACAUUAUAUCCUGGUGACUGGGCGGGAACCCUGCACCCUGGCACAAAAGUGUUGGUGAUGUCCGCCAUCUGAUACGUCACAGAUGGACAGCUGCAUGUCAUCCCCCAUCUCUCUCUCCUCUGACUUCCUGCCUCUUCUGUUGGCCAAAAACAAACAAAAGUAUACUGCUGUGAGGAACCCACGGAGAGGGAAAGGAAAAUAGCGGACAACUCAUUUCUCCCUAACAUCCUCAGAAGCCGACGAGCUGUGAGCCAGAAUAGAGUCGACCGUGGGACUUGCUGGGGUUGAAUAUUUGCUCAUGCCGGUGUGUGUAUGUGAGCGUGUGUGUGUGAGCUGAUAAUAGCAGCCCCAUUGGUAUUCAGUGGAGGGAGCUCCAGGAUCUCGCUGCGCCUUUCCCCAGGAUGGGAUCACAGAGCGGGGAUUGUGCUCGCCUGUGGAGAUCCCACUGAAAUGGAACUGAAGACUUGCAGGGAUGGACACCAAAGGGGCAGCAUGGAAGCCAACACACACCCUCCAGCGACUAGCUUUCCACACCUAACCGCCACCACCAUCUCCAGCCAUCAGCUUGAGCUACUCCAGCGAGGACUGCACCUGUAGAGUUGAGGCCAGACAAGCUUUUGAUACCAGAAGCCGUCUACAGGAAGCAGAGAAAAGUCGAGUUUGACAAGCCUCAGGGGAGUUGACUUACAACAAACCAAUCAAGCUGUUGACCAUACGAUUGUGCUUCUUGGACUUCAUUUUAAAUGAAAUAGGCUGCAGUGAUGCUUGAGCAAUGGUAUGGAGCUUUCGGACAUGUCCGGAUUUAUCGGCCGGAUAUCCUAUCGAGAUUACGACACUUUUGUGCACACCUCACAGCUGGGCCACUUCUCCAGAUUGGCUUGAGGGCAAAAGCGAGUAAUUGAAAAUCACCCCUCAAGAGGUUCUCUCUUCUGAUUUGCUGUGGGGGAAAAAGGACUUUUUUUUUGGGAACAAUUUGAAGAAACCCUCUCUUUUUGUGCCACAUUUCCCCCCUUUCCUUUUUACCAUCUUUCUCACACAUUGCGGAGAAAUACAUUAUGAAGCAGCACCAUUCUUCUUCAUCCUCCCUCAGUGAUGGAGAGAGAGGAGGGACAGACUGUCCAGAAUAGAUAACGAGCAAGGAGACGGGCACCGAGGAGAGGAGAAGGAAAGAAAAAGCAGAGAAUAGAGGGAAACAGGUGGAGAGGGAACGAACAAGUAAGAGAAACAGGCAGAGAAAAAUAGAGAAUUAACUAGGAUUGUUCAAAAUCCUCCUAGAGACUUUCUUGCAAAAUUGUCAGUGCUGUGUCGGAGGCUAGUUAACGCAAUGGGCAGGGGAGGGGUCAGGAUUUACACCAGGGGGGGCACUUGAGCAGGAGAGUAGGGUUAUGUCCCCCCUGCACCUGCCUGGUCUGUAUCUCAGUGUUUGGCAUGAAGACAGACUGAAAGAUGGAGUGGUAAACAGACAGCUAUACUGAAUGACAGACAAGCUCUGAGGCUGGUAAGACAGACAGACAGGUGGGAAGAUAGACAGGAAGACAGGUACGCAGCCUAUUCCAAGUGUCAGGCACAGAGCCAGGCAGACAUCCAGUGCCGGCACAGUAGACAGCGUGCGAUUCAUUGUCAUUCUGUGCAGUAUGUGAGGAAGAGACAGAGAGAGGGAAAGAAAGCCGAGACAGAAAGAAAGAAGAGGAGCACCCCUGUGUUUGUAGCUUCUGGAGAAUCUCACUCCAUCUGCACCCACCUCAGUCAGUACUGUGGCAAGCCCAUGCACUGAAGAAAAUACAGGCUGGGAGGGUGUGGGCUGUUACUAGAAAGGAAAUACAGGUUGGAGAGAGAGCGGGAGGAAGGCAGGCAGGCAGAGAAGCAGAGGGAGAGAGCAGGUGUCGGAAAUCCUCCCCUUCAUCUGCUUGUCAUUUACUCCUUUAUGUUCUCUUGUCGUCUGGUGAGGUGAUUGGUUUUCUGACGCUGGCGUUCCUCUGCUCCUAGGCCCUCCACAAUCCCGAGGAAAACAAGAAGUGGGCACACAGAGGAAAGCAGAAAAAGACAGCAUAAAGAAAAGGUGGAGCCCCAUUUUGAUUGACUAAUUUUUCACCCCUUUCCUUUUCUCACUUGUCAAGACGCGCUCUUGCUAUCUUUUUUUCUUAAAGUAAGAGAUAGAAAGAAGAAAAACACAGACCCAGUCGAUGCCUCAUUCUCUUUGUACACAGAGUUGAACCUCUCCUCUCUCAGUUGUUGACUUUUCUUGCUUUGACCCAACGGGAUUAUUUUCUCCAUCUGAGUAUAAACAUUGGAAUCCUCUAGAUUCCCUCUAUAUGUCCUCACCCCCCAAUGACACAGCGUGAACCCCUCUGACUCCCAUACGACGUCCCCCCUUCGGCUGAUGUGCUAAAACUCUGUGGUCUCAGAUCUCAAUGCCUGUGUUGACUCACUACUACAGCGAUAAAAUGGCACAGCACUUCUGAUAACGUCUGAUUCAUUCUGUGGUGGUACAGGCAGCCAGCAGACCAUUCUCCAUGAGGAGCAGUAGAAGAUGCCGGCUCUGCCAGCACUGCUGCUGUCAAUACACUUCCUCUCCUUCCUGCUAGUCACCAUGCCGCCACGCUCCCUCAGUCAGGCCCCCCUGCUCUCCUCCGUCCGCAUGGCGGCAAUCCUGGAUGACCAGUCUGUGUGUGGGCGCGGGGAGCGACUGGCGCUGGCCCUGGCCAGGGAGAACAUCAACAGUGUGAUGGAGGGUCCGGCCCGAGCUCGAGUGGAGGUGGACAUAUACGAGCUGCAAAAAGACUCCCAGUACGACACUACUGACACCAUGUGUCAGAUUCUACCCAAAGGCGUCGUAUCUGUGAUCGGUCCCGCCUCCAGCCCCGCCUCUGGCUCUACUGUCAGUCAUAUAUGUGGAGAGAAGGAGAUCCCUCAUGUAAAGAUCGGUCCAGAGGAAACUCCCCGCUUGCCGUACCUGCGCUUCGCCUCUGUCACUCUGUACCCUAGCAACGAGGACCUGAGCCUGGCCAUAGGAGCCAUCUUGCGCUCGUUCAGUUACCCCUCAGCCAGCCUGGUCUGCGCCAAGGCUGAGUGCCUGCUGAGAUUGGAGGAACUGGUCCGCCGCUUUCUCAUUUCUCGAGAGACGCUGUCAAUCAGGAUGCUGGAUGACAACCUGGACCCUACGCCGUUGCUGAAGGAGAUCCGUGACGACAAAGUGGCCACCAUCAUCAUCGACGCCAAUGCUUCUGUCUCCUAUCUCAUCCUCAAGAAGGCGUCAGAGCUGGGGAUGACAUCAGCAUUUUACAAGUACAUCCUCACCACCAUGGACUUCCCACUACUGAGGCUGGAUGACAUCGUGGAUGAGCAGUCCAACAUUGUGGGUUUCUCCAUGUUUAACACCACCCAUCCCUUCUAUUUGGAGUUCAUCAGGAGCCUCAACCUCUCCUGGAGGGAGGGCUGUGACCUAACGUAUCCCGGCCCUGCGCUCUCGUCAGCGCUGAUGUUUGAUGCGGUGCAUGUGGUGGUGGGGGCGGUGAGGGAAUUGAACCGCAGUCAGGAAAUCGGAGUGAAACCACUCAGCUGCACCUCACCUCAGAUCUGGCAACACGGGACCAGUCUUAUGAACUACCUGCGCAUGGUGGAGUACGACGGCCUGACGGGGCGUGUGGAGUUCAACAGCAAAGGUCAGAGGACAAACUACACCCUGCGGAUCCUGGAGAAACACCGAGGAGGCCACAAAGAGAUCGGGAUCUGGUACUCUAACAACACCCUGGCAAUGAACUCCACCAGCCUGGAUAUUAAUGUCUCAGAGACGCUGGCAAACAAGACCCUCAUUGUCACCACCAUCCUGGAGAACCCAUAUGUCAUGCGCAAAGAAAACUACCAGGACUUCCAGGGCAACGACCAGUAUGAAGGCUUCUGUGUGGACAUGCUGAGGGAGCUGGCAGACAUCUUGAAAUUCUCCUUCAAGAUCAAGCUGGUGGAUGACGGGCUGUACGGGGCUCCAGAGCCCAACGGCUCUUGGACUGGCAUGGUUGGAGAGCUAAUCAACAGGAAGGCAGACCUGGCCGUGGCAGGCUUCACCAUCACGUCAGAGAGAGAGAAAGUUAUCGACUUCUCUAAGCCGUUCAUGACCCUGGGGAUCAGCAUCUUGUACAGAGUUCAACUGGGUCGGAAGCCGGGUUACUUCUCCUUCCUCGAUCCCUUCUCUCCAGCUGUCUGGCUCUUCAUGCUGCUUGCCUACCUGGCCGUCAGCUGUGUGCUCUUCCUGGCUGCAAGGCUGAGCCCUUACGAGUGGUACAACCCUCACCCGUGUCUGCGAGAGCGCAGGGACAUGUUGGAGAACCAGUACACCCUCGGAAACAGCCUGUGGUUCCCUGUCGGAGGCUUCAUGCAGCAGGGAUCGGAGAUAAUGCCCAGAGCCCUGUCCACCAGAUGUGUUAGUGGUGUGUGGUGGGCGUUUACCCUGAUCAUCAUCUCCUCCUACACGGCAAACCUGGCAGCCUUCCUGACCGUCCAGAGGAUGGAGGCUCCCAUCGAGUCUCCGGACGACUUGGCUGACCAGACUAAUAUUGAGUAUGGCACCAUCCACGGAGGGAGCACCAUGACGUUCUUCAUGAACUCACGGUACCAGACCUACCAGCGGAUGUGGAACUACAUGAACUCCAAGCAGCCCAGUGUGUUUGUGAAGAGCACAGAGGAGGGCAUCGCCCGCGUGGUCAACUCUAAAUACGCCUUCCUGAUGGAGAGCACCAUGAACGAGUACCACCGUGGCCUCAACUGCAAUCUCACACAGAUCGGCGGCCUGCUGGACACCAAGGGCUACGGCAUCGGCAUGCCACUUGGGUCUCCGUUCAGAGAUGAGAUCACACUGGCCAUCCUCCAGCUGCAGGAGAAUAACAGGCUUGAGAUACUGAAGAGGAGGUGGUGGGAGGGAGGCCAGUGUCCCAAAGAGGAGGACCACCGUGCCAAGGGUCUGGGCAUGGAGAACAUUGGGGGCAUCUUCGUGGUGCUGAUCUGUGGCCUCAUUAUUGCCGUGUUUGUGGCCAUUAUGGAGUUUGUGUGGUCGACACGGCGCUCGGCAGAGACCGAUGAGGUAUGCCCCCAUACCUGCCCUCGCCGACCCCACAGACACACCCCAGUGUCUGUCUGUCGGGAGAUGAUCACAGAGUUCCGAAACGCCGUCUCCUGUAAGAAGACCUCGCGGAUGCGGCGCCGUCGGCCCCUUAGCAGCUCAGCAGCCUUGCGCCACCCCACACGCAUUGCUCUUGGCGCUCCUCGUCCCCUGCGCCUGGUCCGGGAGAUGCGUCUCAGCAACGGGAAGCUCUACAGUGGAGCUGGCCCGCUGACUGGUGGAGCUGGAGGUGGAGGAGGUGGUGCAGGAGGAGCAGGGCCUGUCGACCUGGGCCCAGGGCCACAGCGGAUCCUAGAUGAUCCACUGGGGGCCAACACCACACCUCCUCCACCAGCCCCUACCCCUGUGAUGCUGCCCGCCCGCAGCUGCACCCAUGUGAGGAUCUGCCAGGAGUGCCGGAGGAUCCAGAGCCUGAGAUCGGGCACCAGUAUAGGAUCAACCACCACGAGAAUACCGCCCUCGUCAGCACCCCUGCCCAGGCUACCCCCACCCCCACCUCCAUCCUCAUCCAACACAGACAGUGAGGGCGGAGGGGGGCCCAGCCCGAGGCGGCUACACCACAGUCCUCCGCCACAUACCUCGCGACCCAUUCCACCUCCACAGAGCAGCAACACCACAGACCUACUGGGUGACCAGGACUGAGACCAGAAACACUGGGCGGGGUGAGAGGGCUGCAGGGAGCCGGUGAUGAGGUGACUGAGGAACACUUGUGCUGCUGAGAGAGACGCUGCUGUGAGAUUCAUCGGAGAACAGAAGGGGGAGAGAAGGAGGGAAACAGUUGAACUCCACAAGGUCAGCCAACGGAAAAAGCGAUGACUUUUAAAAGGAGAAUGUGCAGGGAAAACCUUUCCUCCGGGGGAGCUUGAGGCCCACAGAUACAGAACUGGCUACGAGCACGCUGCGAGAUAAUAAAGCCUCCGUAAUCGACCAGUUCAGUUCGGACAAAUCUGAGCGGCAAUGCACAUGACCAGGUGAUGGUUUCCACUGGGUUCCUUUUUCUCUCCUUCCUCCCCUCUAACUUCACCUUUAGAUCUGAGGGCCCUGGAAGCUAACUACCGUACCCCUCUAGUAAAACGAAGCUAUGUUGAAGGACAUACUGUAUUCGUAUGUGAUUUAAAACUAAGCAACUAAAAGACUUCCAGAGAAUUAUUUCCUGUUGUUCUUUUUUUUUCUUUUGUUGUCUUUCUUGUUUUGUUACCAUUGUUCAAAGUGGGAAUUACAGAGUUAAAUUCAGACUGUGUGUGACAAUAUGGUGGAUUAUAGCGUACUAAGACUGCGGCUAAUUGUGUUCAAGAGUUUUGUGUCCCUCCCUGCCCUACAGCUGCUUUUUUUUUUUUGUAUGGUACCAGGGAAGGUGGAUGAAAAGACUUCAAGACAACAAAAUGCACACAGUAGCAGAGGACACUGGUCGGUCUGCCUUUCUUUACGCUGUGCGUGUAUGUGUGUGUUCGUAAAACAAAAAAAAAAUUGUGCUUCCUGUAAGUCUGUCUGUAACUACUUUAAGCGAGGAGAACGAUGUACCCGGCAACAGCACCCUUCUACAAACGUUAGAUAAUCAGGCACGAAAAGAGGAGAGCGAGAGGGAGAGCAAGAGCCUUUGAAAUGUGAAAUUAAUGUCCCUCGUUAUCCUGGGUAACGCUUGCCAAGCCCUUACUUCUUUUUCACCUCUGUUCACACAGCAUAGAGGAGAUAGAGAGAGUGGGUGAGGCAGAGACAGAGAGGCAAGAUAGAGAAGAACAGAAAGAGUGAAAGGGACACUACUGAAUUUGAAUGAGAAAUCCCGAACUGAACUACUUCCAUUAUUAGAUCUGUCCUGAUCUGUUAAUUCUGGGCAUCUUUUAAGGGGCUUGUUAAUGCGCCAGCAGGCUGUAGCCGCGGCUUCCUCCCUUCUCUCUGUUUAACAGUCAGACUUGGCCGUUUGCGAUAGAGGCUCCUGCCAGAGUGAUAGACUCAACACAGCCUUGUCAAUACUGUCUCAAGCUUUUGAUCGGCUAAUUACUCCCCUCGGUGGCUGGGGACUCAUUCAGGAGGGGGUUGAACACAGCGAAACAUGCUGAUAAAUAGGUUUAGAGGAAAUACAUGCUUUUCACCCUGACUGUGAAGGGAAUCUGGUCGCUUUUAAUUGUGUUGUUAAUGUUACUGUUGUGUGAAACUACAACUGAAACAAUCUACAGUAUAUUAGCCGUGGUGCUUAAAGGGAAUACACUGGUGGAUUUGCAGGUUUUAGCCCUUUAACAGGAAAUUGGGUACACUUUAUGUUCUUGCUGAUGAUUACUCAAAGCAUACAAUACGCAUUUACACAGACGUCCAAUCCCACAAGUUGCUGCUGCAUUUCCACCAAGUAAGUGUUGCAUAAACAAUCAAGAUCACAAGGAGCAUUUGAGGAUAGAGCUGGUGACAUUCUGUAUCUUUCUUACUGUCAACACAUUAAAUGGAAAGACCAAAACCACAAUUAGUAGCCAAAGCCUCAUGUAGCUUAUUCCUCUGUGCCGUAAAACCUCUGACUUUAAAAAAACAUUAAAAAAAACACAUGAAAUGAGUUGGGUCGUUGCUAAAAAAAAAAAAGAGUCAGUGCCCAGUGCAAAAAACCAAAAUGUUUGUAAAUUAAAAUAUAUGUUUGUGCCCAUUUUCUAAGAGUUGCAUCUCCAGUGGGACCAAAGAGGCUUGGGGUAGAGGAAGUUGGAAACUAUUGAGAGACAGACUGACUCAUUGUUGGUUUUGGGCUUUUCAAGGGAUCUGUUGACAAGAACAAAAUGUACAAUACUGCCAGCUGCUUUAAAGGUCCAGUGUGUACCAUUUAGUUUUGGUUUAUAGUUUGGUUUUAGUAUGUUUGUUUCAGUCUAACUGAGUUGCUGUCAUUUUGCUACCUAAGAAUGAGCUUUUCAUAUCUACAGAGGAAGCAGAUCCUCUUCAGGAGACUGCCAUGUUUCUACAGUGGGCCAGAAUGGACAAACCAAACACACUGUCUCUCGCAAAGGACUUUUCUUGGGUUUUUUUUUUUUGUUGAGUUUUUAGUGACCACUGUAGGGGAGGAUGAGAUGAGGGGUAUUCAGUUAGUUGCCAUCUGCAACCUUAAUGCUUAGAUUCCAUCACAUUCUAUAUACUGGGUCUUUAAAUCUGAUUUAUUUUUAUACCAUCACUAAAUGCAUCAGUCAGAAGUUAAAGUCUGAGCUGCACUCUGUUUUCAUGAAUGUACGACAGAUAUCAGACGUGACUGCAGCUCGAUUUGCCUUUAGUUUAUUCUAAUCACACACACCCAUGAUUACGCUUACGUGCUGCAGCCGUCUUCUCUGCAGUAUAACAGCUCUGUGAAAUGAUCCCCUCAGAAGCAAAUGUAACUGUGUCAUUAUUUGCACAAUAGCCCAUCAUCCCCUGAUUAUAUCUUUUUUUGUCAUGACAUCAUUAUCAAGUGCUGUAUUUGCAUUUUUCUGCACUGCAGGUCAUUGACUCAUCAGUGUCUCAGUUGUUCGUUGAAUCAGUUACCUAAUCAUUUCCCAAAAUAUUCACUGUAGAGUGACUCACUACUUACUGACUGAACUGGAGGGCGGCUUCAUUCACACCCUUAGUUACAAUUAGUCUACUUAUAGUUUUACUCAUAAAAAGUCUUUCUGGAGUGUUCAAGGAAAUGCUGAAACCUGAGAUUUGAGGGUAAGCUGAUGUAAGAUAUUACUGAAUUCCCAUCAUUCGGUUAAAGGUGUAGUUGAAAUCUAAAUGAGGAUUUUGAGAGUGUGGCUCUGGUCUGACCCUUGUCUACUAAGAACUCAUGUAAUAAUGUAGUCCUGGGUCAGAAGGUAAACAUGUAGCCGAAUAAACAUGUUGAGAAUUCACAGCUGGUGUUAUCUCAUCCGAAGAUGGCCUCCAGGACUUCCUGACUGCAGAUGUUCUGAAUCUAAUGCUUUUCAGCAGCUGAAUUUCAGAAAUUGAAAGUCCCUGUUUUCUGCCUCCUGAUCCAAAGCAUUUUAUGAAUUUAAUGCUUUUAUAUGUCUCAGUUCUUGAGUGUCCCUCUUAUUCUGCCUCCUGAAUGCACCUAUCUGUAUUUUUCAUUUUUCUUUUUACAUUCCCAUCUUUUUCGGUUUGAAAUGACAAAGUUCCCUUUAGUACAACAAUCCUCCUCUUGUACGUGUACCACUGAGCUUAUCAAUUCCUGUUAUCGAUGCUGCCAUGUUUUUGUGAAAGUUAUUCAUUACGAAGCAGUGACAAGGGUUUCAACUGUGAGAGAUUUUCAUGGUGCGAUAACCAUCUUACAAAAUAUCACUGUUUCAAGUCAUCAUAUUAUACAGUAUUAAUUUCUUUUUGUUGAAAUGACCCUUGAAGGAAUGAAAAAUAUAUAUUUUGUUGAAGACUUUAUUAUCAUUUAAUUUCAACUUCAUGACAUGAUAUCAACUUUAAUUAAAACUUGUACACAGUAAAAUGACCAUGCUACACUUCAAAACCAGUAUAUUGCUGCAACCCCCCAGCAGGGAUGUCGAUCUAAUCGACUCCGCUGGUAGAAACUUACAAUAACAAGGAGUUAGAAGGAAAAAUCUUUCUUCUCGUCACAAAGAAAGAUGGCAACAGUGCUACCUGAGAUGUCUGGAAAAAUUAUCAUUUCAAGUCAACAUGGGCUUAGAUUCCAGGAAUAGCUUGUAUUUGACACUCUGCACACAGGUGCCACUUCUUUGACAAGGAAAACCUUAAUGAAAACAUUUGCCGUUUCUACAGCCAGCUCGACUCGAUCGUCAUUGGUUUAAAACUGUUUUUUUUAUCCUCGCAAAAAAAGAUUGGGAAUUAACAGGGGAAUGGUUAAAGACUCCAUAUUGGCAUUGGUUUAAACACUUGAAGGUUACCGGCUGCUUUUUUCAUCUUUAACUGAGGAGCUUCAUGCUGUUCAUCACAGCAGCAGUUGGCGCAUCAAAAAAGAUCCCUCACUGGCUUCCCACCCAUCCAUAUUCAGCAGUCGUAUUAAAUGUCUGAGGUAAAAUGCGAAACCACCAGUUCAACCCUUUACAAAUCCCCAUGAAAAAAAAACAACAACCCAGUAUUGUUGUCUUGGCAAACAUUUCAUUGCUGUAUGAAAUUAUGCAUUUAUGCAGUGAAAUAGAUUUGCAGACACUGUUGUGCUCCAGAUAACGAAUGAUAACAUUGUUUGCACACAUUAUGCUGUUUCUCUGAACGAUCGCUGUCAGCAGAAGCGGGCCUGGAUUUGAUGCGUCUCUUUCUCUCUGUUUACCUCUGCCUUUGUGUUCAGAAUGCUGACAAGGCAACAGGAAGAAAAAAAAAAAAACAAACUUCCACAUGUAGUCACAGCACGCGCACAAACACUCACAUGCUAACAAACAGACAAACACGCCCACGACAUCUUUAUUUCUGACUUCCUGCUCUGUCGUCUAAAAAGGCUGUCAACCUACUCGAUGUUUGUUUGUAUUUCCAUUUCUUCUUUGGUUUGUUCUGUGUACGAAAACUUGAUGUGAGACCGCACCACAUAGCCAACAAGUGGCUAUAAACAGCUUUAAACCAUCAGCUGGAGGCAUUUAUUAGCUGCAGAGCAUUUUUGGAGAGGCGAGAGGAGGGUGCAAACCCUAAAAAGCCAAAAUAUUGUCGGUAUGUUUAUGAAAGGGAAGGGAGGGUCACAAAACAAAUGCGAUGGGGUGUCUGAACGCUCCACAAAACAAACCUUUUUGUUUACUUUUACGUUCUUUUCUUUGGUAUUUUUUCAUAUUUCUAUACUAGUGCUAAAUGGAUUAUUAAAACGAUGAUGAUGAUGAAUAUUAUGAUUAAAUUGUUGUUAUUAUUCCUAUUGAAGAGCAAGAGGUUCUAUGGUGUGAUUGUGGGUGAAGGGUGUAGGAUGGGAGGUGUCAGGGUGAAGGUGCACUGAUGUUCUUCAGAGAGAUCGCCCUGUUGUUCAAACCUAUAGACACACAAACUUCUUUUGGAAUAAAAAUACUCAAACAGUC